AUGUCUACGGAGAUAAAGGGGAAGGAGUUGCUGAACUGCGACUGUGAGCACUGCCAUCACACAGCAGAGCAUUCUCAGGCCUUCAAGCAGCUCAACAAGGAAGUCUUGGAUAUCCUGCUGUUCGACCCAAAAGCUCACAACGCAUUGAAAGGAGGACUGAACAACAUAACCGUUCAAAGUCUGGAGAUACAGGAUAUUUCUCCUUUUAGUGUUUUCAAUGAAAAACACGUCCGCAAAGCCCACGAUGCUGCUGUACAGUUGUCUAGGAAACCUAAGGAAACCAUGCUCAAAGCACUCAAGUAUCUGAGAACUGCAUACCCGAAAAGCCCGUACAUUGAACAUCUGGUGCGUUUGACAUUUGCAAGGCACCCCGAAACCAAGGAAGCAUCGCUUCCUCCAUCAAGACAAACCUUGCCUGUUGCUUACUUCACCCAAGAUGAAAUAUUUGAAGGUAUGAAUGGCCAGAAACAGGCUGUAGACUCACUAUUAGCUGGGCCCAUGAGAUCAGAAGAUGGACAACAAGGUAAAGGCAAGUUCGAUAAAGAAAGAGAUCUUGCUUGGUGGAGAGAAGACAUUGGACUGCUGGAACACAACUACAGUUGGCAUUUGAACUACCCAUACCCACCAAACUCUCCCAGAGACCGACAGGGUGAGCUCUUCGGUUACAUGCACCAGCAAAUGUUGGCUAGGUACGACUUUGAAAGAUUGGCUCAGGGUUAUGACCGAGUUCAGCCCUACGGCCCUGGUUAUGGAUGGGACAGACCUCUGACUGAAGGAUUCAAUCCUAGAAUGAUGUUGUGUUCCUUCAGACCUGCCGACAUGUACGUAGUUAAGCCUGAUGGUAACCCAGACCCCAGAGCAAUCCAUGAAGAGAUGGGACGACACAAGGAAAGGCUCCAAGACGGCAUUGCUCGAGGUUCUCUUUACAACAGGGAUGAAGUGAAGAUUCCCAUCGACAUGAACAACCUCGGAAACACCAUUCUUGCAAACGCAGGGUCCAUAAACAAGAAUCUUUAUGGAGAAAUCAACAACAAGGGCCACCAAGUUAUUGCCAAUUUGAACGAUCCCAAAGGAAAGUACCAAAUAUCACCUGGCCCAAUGAACUGGGACCAAACAGCACCAAGGGACCCCGUCUUUUAUCGAUGGCACAAGUUUGUCGAUCUUCUUUUUGAAGAUCACAGAAGAAAUAUGAAACCCCACACCAAAAAAGACAUAGAGUUCCCAGGCAUUGAGAUUGAGUCAUUUGAAGUGGAGCUACAGCCAGAAGAAUACCAUAAGAAGAAUGUUGACAAGCCUCUUGACAAAAAGAACAACUUCUACACCUACUCCGAAACUAAGGAGUACUCUGUAUUCAAUGUGGAUCCACAACAGAAGGUUACCACCAAGAAGAAGGACUUCUUGGACCACAUUCCAUUCAGCUACAAGAUAGCUCUGAAGAACAAGAACAAGGCAGACGUCUUGGUUUGCAUCAGGAUUUUCCUGGCCCCAGAAACUCGUGACGAAUCUCUGGAGAACUGGAGGAGUAUGUUCGUUGAACUGGACAGAUUUGUAAUCACAGUUGAGGCUGGAAAUGAGAGCGAGAUCUUCGACAUCAAACAACGAAACAACAAGUCUUCCGUGGUCAACACAGCACAGUUGACGGUCGAGGAAAUUGAAGCUGGUAAAGAUAACAUGUCCCACGGUAACUGCUGUGGCUGGCCCUUGAACUUGCUCAUACCAAAAGGAACAAAGCACGGUAUGAAGGGAACCUUAUACGUCCUGGUCACUGACUGGACUAAAGAUGGAGUUAAUCCCCAAGAACCGAUGCAGGCCGGUGCGGUAUCUUACUGUGGACAGAGAGGAGAGAAGUCCAUGUAUCCUGAUAUGAGACCAAUGGGCUUCCCCUUCGAUAGGCAGGUUGUUGACAGUAAUGAUGAUUCUAUCGAUGAUGUUGAAGGGCUCGUGGAACAGGUUCGAAACAGCUUCAAGACUGACGUGAAACUGAACUUCCUGGGAUCGUGGGCAAAGGAGGAGAAUAAGAAGAAACAAUAUGAGAAGAAGAAGGAUUCUGGCGUUAAGAAGCAGGAGUCUGUAGAGAAAAAAUGA